CGUAUGGUCACUCGAGGGCGCUUGGCGUGUUGUGUUCCUUUACAUGUUAAUGUACUACCAAUUUGAAGAAACAAAGUGAAGAAAAUGGAAUUAAAUAAUGAGAUCGUUUUAUUACGGCAAAUCGUCCGUCAGGCACGCAUUUGUGUAAUAAAUAAAUUGAUUAGAGAAGGGAAAAGGUUACGUAGUAAUCACGGUAACGAAAAACAAUUGGAGAAGAAUAAAUAUAAAGCAGAUAAACUUUGGAGGGAAGUUUUUGCAUUGAAACGUAUAAAAGACGAUGAGAUAUCGAGAUUUGGAAUUGUUAGCUUUGAAAAUUUGCAGGAGAUAUUAGAAAAUUCACAGACCGACGAUGGCACUCGUGCUAUGGCCAAAGUUGUUCGUCAUAAAUCUUUAAGUUUGAAAGUAGUAGAAUUUCGGGAGAAAUUUCCAAGUUACAAGGAAUAUAUUUCGUGGAAGGAAAGGAAACAUUCGUCGAAAAAGAAAAGAAACAUUGUUACAGAUUUGCCAGAAGAAAGUUUAAAAGAAGUAGGAAUGGUGGAUAGAAAUGACGUGGCAAAAGAAGCAGCACAUAAGGAGAAUGUGAAAGAUAGAAAUAUUGUUACUUAUGUUACUCGCAUACCUAGUGUAAAAAAUAAAAAAGUGGAUGAAACAUAUGGGAAAUUAGUAGAAGAGAAAGAAUCAGAUAAGGAAGAUAUAGCAGGUAAAGGAAAUACUGUGGAAAUAGCAAAAAUUCACGAUGCAGAGGUGCAAUCUGAAAAUGGUGAAGAAUCUAAGACUACGACCAAAGUGAUUAGCAAGGAGGCCACUGUUAAGAGAUUUACAGAAAUUUUAGAAGAUAGAAAAACAGAAGAAGAGAAAAGUGGUUUAGAAGAAAUUAAGGAGCAACAGUUUUCUAACGAAACAGUAAAAUUUACAAGGGAAAUGGAUGACUUUUUCUUAAAUGCGGACGAUGCAACUACAUUUUCAAGCAUUCCUGUGUUCUCUAGACAAGAAAAUACAGACAAUAUAUCGAAUGUUAGUUCUGAUGCAUUUAAGUCAGAUAGAAUAAGAAGUAAAAAAGGUAAAUUAUAUAAUGAAAAAGUAAGGAAGGCAAACGGGAAUGAAAGGAUAGAAAAACUGAACAACAAGGAUGUUUUUCAUAAUGGAAAUGGUACACCAGAAAGGAGUAUUACAUAUUGGAAAGAAAAUAGAAAAGAUGCAAAAGAGAAAGAAAGGAGCAUUAAAAGCAUAAAUGUUGCGGAGAGUGUAAGUUUACAUCCUUCUUGGGCUGCAAAAAAGAAACAGCAAAAUAUUUUGAAACAAGGGUUUCAAGGAAAAAAGAUUAAAUUUGAGGAAGACUGA